UUUAUCGGCUGCUAUAAAGAGAGAUAGGUGAAAAGGUGCACACAUCGUGACAAGUUGUUGUGCAGGUGAUCAUGUCGCUUUACCUCAUCCUGGCAGCCUGCUGGUUGUUGCUAUCAGAUCUCCAAGGAUUGUCGUCGAAGGAAUCCUGUUUGGGUGGCCGAUCGCUGCGAGGAUUGAUUGAAUUACCAUCCCGGCAUUAUAAUCACGACAGCAACAAUAUUACCACAGUUUCGUGUUGCGACGACCCAGUCGUCUGUCAUGGCGGAUUGGCCCUGAGAAAUGAACAAGUCGAGGCUUCGUUGAUUAUCAACCAGCAGCCCCUUGGCCAUUUCGACCUUCAACACCAAUACGCCCAGCAACUUGUUCAAUCGAACGACCGUGAUGCAGCAGCAGCAGCAGCUCUGCAGCAACGCCAUAAAAGAUCUGUUAUUAAUGGCGGACGCUGCGCUGGAAAUAAAAUGGCAUGUCUGCCCAUUCAAGUUCGUUGCUGCCCUGCCAACAUGUCCGUAUUUUUCCCCAUUUCAGCUAUUUCGGCCUUGACGGGGGAGCGAGUCCACGUGAUUCAACUGCCGCCAUUAAUUUUGCAGCCCGUAAUUUAUGGCCGUUGUGAAACAGAGCAGAGCUCCAUUUUCGACGCCGAAUGCCAACAGGAAUUGACACCGGAAAUGAUGCACGUCGGUCGAGUCGAUCCCGAAACCAGCGACUUGGAAUUGUCCAGAGAACCGGUCAUGGUGGAAAGUGGCUGCUCGUGUCGCUUCAAUCGCCAGCCUCUUGACAUUAUCGAUGGCAUAGUCAUGGACGAAACGAUGACUUCAUUCAUAGAUCUCUGGAGCGACUGAAUUACAAUUUUGAACUUUCACGUUUUUUGUUGUUUGUCGUUUAUUAUUGGGGAGAGAGAGAAAAUAGACUAUUUUGUUAUGUUUCCGA